CCCGCGGGCGCCGCCGCCGCCGCGCUCACCUGUGCAGGUGACGGGGCCGCAGGUGGUGACGGGGCCGCUGCCGCCAUGGCCGCCUCCGCCCUCUUCAUCCUGGACCUCAAGGGCAAGCCGCUGAUCAGCCGGAACUACAAGGGCGAUGUGGGGCUGGGGGAGAUCGACAACUUCAUGGGGGUCCUGCUGCAGCGGGAGGAGGAGGGGACCCUCACCCCCGUGCUGACCCACGGCCACGUGCACUUCCUGUGGAUCAAACACGCCAACCUCUACCUGGUGGCCACCACCAAGAAGAACGGCAACGCGUCCCUGGUGUUCUCCUUCCUCUACAAGGUGGUGGAGGUGUUCUCCGAGUAUUUCAAGGAGCUGGAGGAGGAAAGCAUCCGCGACAACUUCGUCAUCAUCUACGAGCUGCUGGACGAGCUGAUGGAUUUCGGCUUCCCCCAGACCACAGACAGCAAGAUCCUGCAGGAGUACAUCACGCAGGAGGGGAACAAGCUGGACACGGGCAAGUCGCGCGUGCCCACCACGGUGACCAACGCCGUGUCCUGGCGCUCCGAGGGCGUCCGCUACAAAAAGAACGAGGUGUUCAUCGACGUCAUCGAGGCCGUCAACCUGCUGGUGAGGGGGAAUUGGGGGGCUGGGGGGAAUUGGGAGAUUGGGGGGAUUUGGGGUGGGGAAUGA